AUGGCUUCUCCUCGUCGAUUGGGAGUCGGGAUUAUCGGGGCUGGCGAGGUCUUUCAAGUUUGCCAUGGACCUUGCCUACUACUUCUAUCUCACCUGUUCAAGAUAGAAUCAAUCUGUGACUUGUCACCCACAACAGUCGAUCACUGCGCCGCCAAAUUCUUCGUUCCCCACAAGACCACCACGCCGCAGCAGGUCAUUGAGCACGAGAAGACAGAUGUGAUUUUUAUCCUUACAUCAGACGACUCUCAUGCUCCACUAGCAAUCGCUGCUCUCAAGGCGGGCAAGAAUGUCUUCAUCGAAAAACCUGUCUCUCUCUCCCUACCUUCGGUCCAGUCCAUCAUUGACGCCGAAAAGGAAGCCGCGGGUCGUGUCUUUGUGGGCUAUAUGCGUCGGUAUGCCCCUAGCUACCUGAAUGCAUUCAAGCGUGAAAUUGCGACUAUUCCGAAAAUCCUGUAUGCGCGAGUACGGGACUUCAGUGGCCCCAAUGCGCAAUUUGUGGACCAGAGUGGUACAUUCCAAGUCAAAAAUGCCGACUACCCUGCCGGGUCCACAGAGGAGCGCAACAAGCGCCUGGACGUGCUUUUCGAAGAGGCGUUCCCCAACCAGGAAAUAACAGAAGAAAAGAAGAAGUACUGCCGCUUCCUGGGUAGCUUGGGAUCCCACGACAUCUCUCUUAUGCGCGAGACUCUCGGGUUCCCAGAAUCGGUGGACGGAGUCUCCGCCAACGAUCCUUUCUAUAGCGCUAUCAUGACCUUCCGCAACAAAGAUGGCUCGACCUAUUCCACGACCUACGAGAGUGGCAUUGAUCGAGUCCCUAUAUUUGAUGCUCAUAUUACUGUGUACGGUGACACCAAGCGGGUUACCAUCAAGUAUGAUAGCCCUUAUGUUAAGGGCUUGCCCAUUUACGUCGAGGUGGAAGAGGUCAACGAGCAAGGGGAAAUCCAACGACGCAACGUCCUUUCCUCAUAUGAAGACGCAUAUACGGCUGAAUUACAGCUCGUGCACGAUUCUUUUGCCAACGGUCAAGAUAUCAAGACGACUGUGGAGGAUGCUAAGAAGGACCUUCAGAUCUAUGAUAUGAUGUACAAGAAAUGGGGUGGAAAUUAG